GUGUAAUUUUCUGACAUACUUUGUCUCAGCAAUGAUUUGCCUGAAGUUAUUGUUGACGGUUUUCCUUGUCCACAAUGUGUACGCUUUUAUUAAUCCGUAUCCAAAGCUGGCAAGCUACCCGUUGAAAGAAGGAGAUGAUGCCGGCGAACCGUUGUUUCUAACGCCUCUAAUAGAAGCCGGGAAAAUCGACAAAGCUAGGAAAUUAGCGACAGUUCGGCAUGAUGAAAUGCUCGACGUUCAGAGCUAUUCCGGGUACCUCACUGUCAAUAAGGAGUACCAAUCCAAUACCUUCUUCUGGUUCUUCCCGUCGCAGAUCAAUCCAAAAUCUGCUCCAGUAGUGCUAUGGCUGCAGGGUGGUCCAGGAGCAACGUCGCUGUUUGGUCUGUUCACGGAAAAUGGUCCGUUCCGAGUAACGAGUAACAAGACUUUGGAGCUACGCAAAUAUUCGUGGACAAAAGCGCACAGCGUACUGUAUAUCGAUAAUCCUGUUGGGACAGGUUACAGUUUCACAAAGAACGACAAAGGAUACGCGACAAACGAGACUCAUGUCGGCAGAGAUGUUCACACAGCGCUGGUUCAGUUUUUCACCCUUUUCCCCGAGCUGCAGGAGAAUGAUUUCUUCGUUACAGGAGAAUCCUAUGGAGGAAAGUACGUCCCGGCAGUUUCGCACGCCAUAAAAGACUUCAACAUCAAGGCGAAACUUAAGAUAAACCUGAAGGGAUUGGCCAUCGGGAACGGCCUCACCGAUCCAGAGAACCAACUCGUCUACGGAGACUAUUUGUACCAGCUUGGGCUUAUCGACUCGAAUGGCAGGGAUUUGUUUCACCAGCUUGAGGACAAAGGGCGCAAACUGAUUAAGGCCAAGAAGUACGACGAAGCUUUCGACGUAUUUGACCAGCUGCUGAACGGUGACCUGCAUGGCGGUUCCUUGUUCCAAAAUCUAACCGGCUUCGACUUCUACUUCAACUACUUGCACAUCAAAGACAGCGAAGAGUCCAACUGGAUGUCGGAAUGGGUGCAACGUGUCGACGUUCGCCGAGCCAUUCAUGUCGGGAACAAUUCUUUUCACACGGAGGAUAAGACAGUCGAAAUGCACUUGAAAAGCGACGUGAUGCAGUCGUUAGCAGUACUCAUAGCGGACUUGACGCAGCACUAUCGCGUUUUACUCUACAAUGGGCAAUUGGACAUCAUAGUUGCUUAUCCGACGACUGAAAAUUACCUCAAGAAUCUUAAUUGGCCCGGUGCUAAGGCAUACAAAAAGGCUGUCAGGAAGCAGUGGUGGGUGGGCAAAGAACUCGCCGGAUAUUCAAAAACUGCUGGGAGUUUGACUGAAGUUUUGGUUCGUAAUGCCGGCCACAUGGUUCCUUCUGAUCAGCCUCUUUGGGCCCUCGAUUUGAUCACCAGAUUUAUCAAGAACAAACCAUUCUAAAUGUUGAAUAUCUCAACAUUUCAAUAUACAGUAGAGCGUCAAUAUAAGCUUCGUCUUAGAAGCCUGUCCUCCUACAUUUGCCCAUUAGGCAUAUGUUAGGGACUCGCUAGAAACCUCACUAGCCUUGCAACAACAAGGAGUAGGGCUGACUAUUAUAGUCCUGCGACAGCUUUAACAGCGAGACUAUAAUGACGCUCCACUGUACUCUGAGAUUUUGGGUGGGAGACAGAAUUCACAGCGAUUAAUUGUUGCGAGCAAACAUUGACAAAAUGAUUUUACUCGCAUUCGUAGAGUCUUUUCUGCAGUGUGUAGAAGCCGAAGGUUAUUUUUUUUUCUGUAAUAAACUUGUUUAGACUAAUUUAUCAGUCACGCAAAGAGGGAUAUUUUAACUGUGAUAUUGUACAGAGAUUGUUGCAUCUCGUUACGAUAGGACUGAUGUGAAAUUUUUUGAUUCCCAUAGUUCUUUGAUGUAUAUUUUUCUACAUUCGUACAGUUUAGUCGUAUAUUCGUUGAAUUCAGCAGAGGUGUUAGAUGGGAAGCUUAUAAUUUUUAUCCCCAUACUUCUGUACUUGUUUGAUUUAAUAAAA